AUGACAGAACUUAGUGCUAAAAAAUUACAAUCAUUUGUAAAUCAAACAACAAUGAAUACACAAGUUGCUAAUGAUAUGACCUCCCAAUUCUUUACUACUGCUCUUCAUUCCAACCAUUCUUCAUUCAUUGAAGACGACAGAUAUACUCAUGUUAUCACUAAAUCCAAAUCUCGGUUUUCCUCAUCGCAAAUGACGCCAAAUGAAAUCUUAGCAUUAGAAUUUCAUCCGACUGGUAAAUAUUUAGCCUAUAGUAGAGUAGAUGGUUCACUUACAGUUUGGAGUAAUAUUCAAUUACCUUCAUUCAUCAAGGCGAAGAAACAUUAUUUGAAGGAUGCUACAGGGAAUGAUCGUGUCAUUACUGAUUUAUCAUUUAAUCCAUCUGAUUUGAAUGAAUUUGCUACUGUUUCUAAUUCUAACGAAAUUUUAAUUUGGAAACCUGAUCAAUCACCCAGUAUAAAUAAAUUGAAAACUAUUAAUUCAUUGGGGAAUAAGAGUAAGAUUAAUAAAUGUUCAUUUGAUCCCAAGGGUGACUGGCUUGUUGCCACUACCAAGAGUGAAUGUAUUUAUUUGUUCAAUGUUAAAGAAGAUUAUUCGCUGGUGUCAACUUUGAAUGUUUCAGAUAUAAGAAAAAAUGAUAUUGUUUAUUUUAUUUCUUGGGAUAAUUCAGGGAGGAAUUUGUUCAUUGGAUUCAAAAGCGGUUACCUUGCUGUCUUAACAUUAGACAAUGAAGAAAAAAUUAAUGAUAAUAGUCCUGGUAGUAAUACUGAUAAUGUAUGUACAAGAUUUAGCUUGAGGUUUUCGUUAUGUGCCCAUAGGUCAUCCGUAUCGGCAAUUAAGAUGGAUCCAUGGGGCCGGUUUGUAGCAACCGGAAGCUCAGAUGGAACUUGUGCCAUUUGGGACAUUAAAACCAUGUGUUGUUCUAUGAUAUUUAAUGGGAUCAAUGGUGCCGUAUUGUCCAUGGAUAUCGAUUAUAUAGGGAAGACACUUGUUGUAUGUUCUGGAGAUAAUAAGUUCAGAGUUUUCAAUAUUAAUACAGGUGAAUUGAUAAAUAGCAUGGAUUUUGAAGAUUAUAAUUCCCAAUUAAUAGUUAAAUUUUUCCCCAAUAAUUUUUGGUUUGUUUUAUCUGAUAAGAAUGAUACGAUAAAGGUAUUUUCAACUCUUGUAGGCGUCUCUGAUCCAGUUAAAGUGUGGGGGGUAGAGUAUGAAAGGGCUUUGCAACUGCUAAAAAAUAACAAACUGUCGGGAGACUAUAAUCAUUCUUCUAAUGAUCCUCGUAAUGCUGCUAAUGUUAAAAAUAACAACUCGAGUAUGAGUAGUAGCAGAAGGGAGAAUUCAGAUUCCAUUCGUCGUUCUCGUCAAGGCAAUAUAAGUAGAGUCUCUAAAGGCGUACAGAAAAUGGACAGAGAGAGAACAGAUAGAGAUGGAUCAAAAAGGCAAGGUAUUCCAAGAGAUCGUCCAAGUAGGUUCAAUCAAUAG